AAGGGAGGCCCUUUUGCAAUAAGGGAAAAGAAGCCAGAUGGAUAAAGGAAGUGCUGGUCACCCUGGAGGUACACGGGUUUGGGGAAGGCUCCUGGCCCCCACAGCCCUCUGCGGAGCCUGAGCCCGGCUCCCCCCACUCACCUCAACCCCCAGGUGGCCCCUCCACAGGGCCCCUCUCCUGCCUGGACGGCUCUGCUGGUCUCCCCAUCCCCUGGAGGAGAGCAAGGCCAUGGGCUGGCCCCUGCUGCUGCCCCUGCUGUUGCCACCAGCAUUUCUGCAGCCUGGUGGCUCCGCGGGAUCCGGUUCAAGCGGCCCUUUUGGGGUCACUCAACCAAAACACCUCUCAGCCCCUAUGGGUGGCUCCGUAGAAAUUCCCUUCUCCUUCUAUCACCCCUGGGAGUUAGCCACAGCUCCCAACAUGAAAAUAUCCUGGAGACGGGGCCACUUCCACGGGCAGUUCUUCUACAGAACAAGGCCAGCUUUCAUUCACGAGGAUUACUCGAACCGGCUCUUUCUGAACUGGACAGAGGGUCAGGACCACGGGCUCCUCAGGAUCUCGAACCUGCGGAAGGAGGACCAGUCUGUGUAUUUCUGCCGAGUCCAGCUGGACACACGGAGAUCAGGGAGGCAGCAGUGGCAGUCCAUCGAGGGGACCAAACUCACCAUCAACCGGGCUGUCACGACCACCACCCAGAGGCCCAGCAGCAUGACUACCACCCAGAGGCCCAGCAGCAUGACUACCACCCGGAGGCCCAGUAGCGCAACCACCACAGCCAGCCUCAGGGUCACACAGGGCAAACCACACUCAGACUCUUGGCACCUAAGUCUGAAAACUGCCGUGGGGGUGACAGUGGCUGUUGCUGUGCUCGGAAUCAUGAUUUUGGGACUGAUCUGCCUUCUCAGGUGGAGGAGAAGGAAAGGUCAGCAGCGGACUAAAGCCACAACCCCAGCCAGGGAACCCUUCCAAAACACAGAGGAGCCAUAUGAGAAUAUCAGGAAUGAAGGACAAAAUACAGAUCCCAAGCUAAAUCCCAAGGACGACGGCAUCGUCUAUGCCUCCCUUGACCUCUCCAGCUCCACCUCACCCAGAGUACCUCCCAGCCACCAUCCCCUCAAGAGCCCCCAGAAUGAGACUCUGUACUCUGUCUUAAAGGCCUAACCAAUGGACAGCCCUCUCAAGACCGAACGGUGAGGCCAGGCACAGUGGCGCAGGCCUGUAAUCCCACCUACUCUGAAGCCUGAGGCAGAACAGAGUGAGCCCAGGAGUUCAGCGCCAGCUUUGAUAAUGGAGUGAGAUGCCAUUGCUAGUUUAAAAUGUAUAUUAACAAUAAAGUAACAAAUUUAAAAAGA